AUGAUUGCGAAAUACGAAGAAUACAGGCAGGCAGUGGAAGCCGAGUUGCGCGACGUGUUCGCCGGACGCGAGGGGUUCCUUUAUAAACUGUUGCGCUAUCACCUGGGUUGGGUCGACGAGCAGGGGAGGCCGGACGACGGGAAUACGCCGCUGCACUUCCAAGGGGCUGUGGCCUUGGUCGCCUGCGAGGCCAUCGGCGGUGAUUACGCGGCUGCCCUGCCAGCGGCGGCGGGCGUUGAGCUGGUGCAUCACUUCACCCUGGUCCACGGUGAGGUGCAGGCGGGAAGGGCCGAGAGCAUAGACCGUCCGGGGAUCUGGUGGGUGUGGGGGCCCGCGCAGGCGAUCAACGCCGGCGACGGGCUGCACGCGCUGGGCCGCACGGCAAUGAUGCGCCUGGGCAAGCGGGGUACGCCGCCGGACCGAGUGCUGAUGGCGGUCAGGUCGCUGGACCAAGCCUGCCUCCGGCUCUGCGAGGGGCAGUAUAUGGACCUGGAAUUCCAGGACCAGCUCAUGGUGACGUCGGGCGCCUACAUGGACAUGGUUGACCGGAAGUCCGGGGCGCUGGCCGGUUCCUCCGCUGAAACAGGGGCGCUGGUCGCGGGUGCGGACGAUGCCCGAUGCAGCGCCAUGCUUAAACUGGGGGUCAAGCUGGGAGCGGCGUGGCAGAUCGCGCGAGAUACCGCUGAAUUCUGGGGCGAACGGGGCGACGCGAUCACCGCCAGCAACAUCAUCUCCAAGAAAAAGAGCCUGCCAGUCAUUCACGCCCUGGAGCAUGGGAGCGUGUCCGCCAAGCGGGAGAUGGGCGGCAUCUACAUGAAGAGGGUUCUGGAACAGGAAGAUGUUUCGCGACUGGUGUCGAUUCUCGAGGAGACGGGUGCCCGGGCCGCGGCCGAAGAGAGGGCAGGACAGCUUGUUGAGGAAGGGUUGACCGAAGCGGCAUCCGCAGGAGUUCCCCAGGGCGGAAUGGAGCAGCUCCGCGAGCUUGCCCAGUGGGCGUUGGCGGGCGGCCGCUGA